AUGGAUUUCAACCUUGCUGUUUCACCUCCCUGGUGGCCUUCAAUUUCCUCUUUUUCUGCAAAAUAUCGCUCUUUGAGACCAGGAAUAGGUCCUGAAAUGAGUGAAAACUCUGGCGUCCAGUUUAUGGGCGCCAGAACCAAGCGAACACAUCGUGAGAUGACCACAGAGAACGAUAGAAGCGGCGAUGCCGCUUGGGAGGAGCACUUCCAUCCACCUCGCUCCGACCACGCUAGGUCUCAAUCCAGCCGCUUGCCACACAGACGACAUCGAGAUGGACUUGACUACCGACGGCCGGCGAUUCUUUCACCUGGAAACAAUGUCGUGAUCGAUUUGACAAAUGAGCCUGACUCUCCUCCUCACAGAAAUGCGACACGAUUUCCCGGUCCUCUACAUACCCCACAUCCGCACCGUCCGAGAUUACGAUUUCCACGAGAUUUGAUGAACCACACGUCUCCUGCGGCUGACCACCCAACCGUGAUUGAUCUGGAAGCGGAGACCACAAGUGAUCCGGUCGAUAUUUCGCCAAACAGUGCAGAUGUUCAAAUUGUUGGGUCUUCUUCCAUCAGGCCAAGACCAAUAGAACCCAGGUACCUCGACAACAAUGACAUGCCAAUGUACUUUUCUCCCCCCACACAGCGGUCGAGAGCAUUGGAGCAUGGGCGACCGAGAAGACCGUUGAGCCCAAGGUCCUUUUUUCGUACCGAGCGUGACCUCCUUUCGUGGGUGUCUGCCGCCCUUGACCACAAUCCGCCUGAUCAACAAGCACCCCGGCCUCGCCGAUCAUCAUACAAAGGACUAAGCCCAGCACCGGAGGGAUUCACUCGACUUUUGGCAGAAGAUGACGUUCCUAUCUGUCCAAACUGCCAGGACGAGUUGGGCGCUGGAGAGGGGCUGAAACAACAGAUCCAUAUUGCGAAACCAUGUGGCCAUGUGAGCAUUCUCCAUCUUGGGCCGAUCAAGUCUAUUACAAGAGCUAACCGUUUUUAUCAGGUCUACUGUGGGGAAUGCGCUGGAAAUCGGUCUAUCUCGAAGUCCAAAAAGGGAACUUCAAAGACCAAGCCGUUCUCAAAGUGCCAGGUUGCAGGUUGCAAUAAACCUGUAAGCAGCCCAACAGCCAUGUACCACCUUUAUCUGUGA